AUGGAUGAAAUAUUUUAUAAUGGAGAAGAAUUCAUCUAUGGUAACGUAAGCUAUGCUCCAGGUCCACCGGAGGAAUCUAUAUAUUGCAUUUGUAAUAAUAGCGAGUGUCAAAAGUCUCAUCCAGCUUUAGAAAAUGAUCCACGUUUUAAUAAAUUGGCAGUAAAAAGGUCGCGAGUUGAAAAGGACAUACCAUUAUUAUCAUCAUUAACAAAGGAGCGACUUUUGAAAGAGCGAAUUGCACAUUUGGAGAAGGAGUUGAAGAAGAAAAGACUUGCUGGACAAAAUCAAGAAGUUCACAAAUCCAAAAGAAAGCGACCUUCCAGGUGGGAUGUUCCAAAAGAAGAUGAAUAUAUUCCAAAAUGUAAAAUAGCCUGCUCAAUUCCAUUAACACAAAAUUCCACUAUACAAAAAUUAAAACCAAUACUCCCAAUUCCAUUAAAAAUAACACAACCAACUCCUUCAACGUCACAAGAAAACCCAAAACAGUCAAACGAAAAUAUUUCAAAUGUGUUAUUUGGAUAUAUUCCACCAAGGGUUCUCUCACCGAUCCACUCACUGAAUAACUCUCCGAAUAACUCUCCGAUUAACUCACCGAUUUAUUCACCGAUUAACUCACCGAUUUGUUCACUUUCGAUUUAUUCACCGAUUCAUUCAACAUCAUCGCAGUCAGAAAAAAAGCGAAAAAAAAAUUCAGAUUCAAGCUCAUCAGAUUCAAAUUCAAGCUCAUCGCAGUCAGCAAAAAAACGAAAAAAAAAUUCAGAUUCAAGCUCAUCAGAUUCAAAUUCAAGCUCAUCAGAUUCAAGCCCAUCAGAUUCAGAUUCAAACUCAUCAAGUUCAGAUUCGAACUCAUCAAGUUCAGAUUCAAACUCAUCAAGUUCAUCCUCAAGCGAGGAUGAUAGUGAUAAAGAGAACAAUGACCCACAUGGACAAAAAGAGAAAAUGAUCUUCUUCACUUAUUUAAUUUACAAAUAUUAA